UAUGAAAGUCGGGUUCAUCCGCAAUCUCGCUACACCAUAGCAACGUCGACGUCACUCGAGCUUUCGUCUACGUUUUCUCUUUUCUAGUUUCCUCCGCACACUAGCGGAUGAGUGACGAUGACGUAGUGUGACGUCGACGGCACGUAUCCACCUACGCUUCCACUUGUUACUAGUGUUAUAUAUUACUUUACGGGACAUUAGAAGCUUAGAAAAAAAAUGGGCGAAUAUUCGAAUUAUAUCACUUUAAAUAAUGGGUUAAAUAUGCCUCUCAUAGGACUUGGGACGUUUCAGUCGAACAGAUCUGCUAUGGAAACAGCCUUGAAAAUCGGAUAUCGAUUAAUUGAUACUGCUUUUAUAUACCAGAACGAAAAGGAAAUUGGAGAAGCUCUAAAACACUCGUUUGACACAAAUGUGGUCAGGAGGGAGGACGUCUUCAUCGUUUCUAAACUUCCAAAUAAUGGACAUCGAAACGUCAAGUACUUCCUUCAAAAGUCUCUUGAUGCGCUUCAACUGCAAUACUUGGAUUUGUAUCUUAUCCAUACUCCAUUUGCAGUAAAGGGAAAUCAUGAUCUGGAUAUGUAUCCUGUAGAAAAUGGAAGAUUAGUUAUAGACGAGGAUGUAAACUAUUUAGAAACGUGGAAGAAAAUGGAAGAAGUCGUUCGCUUAGGAAUGACGAAAAGUAUCGGUUUAUCAAAUUUUAACAGAGAUCAAAUUGAAAAAAUAUAUAAUAACAGUCGAAUCAAGCCAGCAAAUGUUCAGGUCGAAUGUCACCCUUAUCUUCCUCAAGUCGAAAUUUAUAAAUUUUGUCAGGAAAAUAACGUAUCAAUGACUGCUUACUCUCCCUUAGGCGCACCAUUCCUUCCAGAGUUUUCGCUUAAGAAUUUCGGAAUUAUGGUAAAAGAUUUUCCCAUUUUACUGGAUGAACCUGUUGUGAAAACAAUCUCUGAAAAAUAUGGAAAAUCUCCAGCACAAAUUAUUCUACGUUUUUUGGUGCAGAAGAGGAUUGCUGUCAUACCCAAAAGCUGUAACGAAACUAGAUUAAGAGAAAAUUUACAGAUUUUGGAUUUCAGUUUAUUGGAAGAAGACAUGGAAAAUUUAGGAAAUAUAAAGAAGAGAUUUAGAUAUUAUAAAUUCAAUUUUAUACCCGGAUUGACGGAACAUCCGCAGAAUCCAUUUUCCGAGACUUGAAUGAAAACAUUCGAUUUAUUUAUUACUCACUUAAUAAAUUUUAAUAUUAUAAAAAAUUAAAACAAAAAAAAACAUGUAUAAAUUUAAUUAAUUGCUUAAUGAGGAAGAUAAUUUACGUUCUUUUAUCCUAUAUAAAUGAAUGUAAAACCAAUGUCUAUUGUUACCAUUGGUGUAACAUCAUUGGAAUUAUGAUCGUAAUUAAGUACAGAGAGAAUUAGAUUUUUGUUAUCAUUUUAUGCCCUUUACUCUGUUGAAAAUUGAUUAUUUCAAAGUAUAACGUGGAGAAAUAUCAUCACAUAAAUAAUAAAUCGGAAAUUUGACUGUUAUUUCGUAUUUAACAAUACAAAAUUGCCAUAUAUUAUUAACAGUAUAAGAUAACUGAAGAUAUAGCAAAAAAUACAGAUUAUAUAUGUAUAAAUUAUAUAUAUUUUUAUCGCUAUUUUUGUUAAUUCGCUACUAUUCAUGUAUAAACUAACUUUUUUAUUGUUAUAACAAGUCGUCGUUGUAACACCGAAUUGCCUCUAAUGGCUAUCAGAUAUUCAAAUGUCUAAUAAACUUAAU